GCCAUAAAACCAAGAAGAAGAAGAAGAAGAAGAAGCCCCAACACUACUGCGCACUGCAGUCGAACACACCUAAACACCAGCACCAGCACACACACACACUCCAGGCUCCAGAACACACGACGCUCGGCAGGCGUCGCGGGAGAGUUUGAUCCGGGUCAGCGGGUCAUGGACGCGCCCGAUGCGGUGUUCUUCCCGGACCGGCGGGCUCCUGCCAGUCACCUCCUGCUGGAGCAGCUGCCCAGCUAUCAGUCUCUGCUGUACCGGAGGAAGUCCAGCUCCAGCGGCAGCGCCAGGAGGCGGGGCAGUGGGCGGGGCAGGCAGCCGUCAAUCAACAGCGGGAAAUGGGUGGAGCAGAAACCUGUCCAUGGCGGGGAGGAACUCAAACCCGUGAGGGAGCUUCCCAAGAGCAUGCAGGAGAAACGCUGGGAGAAGCAGCAGCGUCUCCAGCAGGGCGACACUCUCACCGGCUGGGGUUUGUGGAGGCUCAAUGUCCAUCGCUCUCUGAAGCGUCUCAAGGAGGACGGGAUGGAUGUGCUCUCGUCUCUGCAGCUCUGGAGGGCAGAGAUUCAUCUCAUCGAGGGUCAGCGUCUCUCUCUGUGCCGUUACUGUCUUUCUGCUGUAUAUGUGAUUGCUGGGAGGCCAGGGUUUGUGAGCGUGUGCAGUGAGUAUCUGGGCUCCUCUCGCCAGGGUCUCGUCGUGUUUCAUGAGCACAUCACAGACCUGCUGUCUGGAACGGGCUUCCUGGAGCACACAUACCUCUUCUACGGUUACUAUAAGCUGGAGUUCAUUCAUUCCCGCUUCACCUACAACCUGCCGCUGGCGUAUCUGCUGGCUACGGUCUCGUACCUGCUGCUGAGCCUCGUCUGGAUCGUCAAGAGGUCUGCGGCCGGUUUCAAGCGCAAGCUCAUUCAAGACGAGGACCGCUUCCAGAGCUUCUGCAACAAGGUGUUCGCCGGCUGGGACUUCUGCAUCACCAACGAGAACGCGACGCGUCUCAAGCGGAGCAGCUUACUGUAUGAGCUCAAGAUGGAUCUAGAGGAGGAGCGAAUCAAGCACAAGAUGGCGAAUCGCACGCGCGGCGAGAGGUGUCGCAUCUAUGCUCUCAGAGCUGCUCUCAAUCUCUUCGUCAUGGCCGUCCUGGUGGCAUGCUUCUACUGCAUCUAUGUGGCCACGGUCUUCUCACAGCAGAAGCAGGCGGAGGAUCAGAAGAGUAACUUCCUGCUGGAGCUGGUCGUGGAGUAUCUGCCCUCCAUCGUCAUCACACUGGCCAACUUCAUCACGCCGCUGAUCUUCAACCUCAUCAUUGCCUUCGAGGACUACUCGCCUGCGUUUGAGAUCCGCUUCACGCUCAUGAGGUGUGUGUUCAUGCGAUUGGCCAGUAUCGGUGUGAUGCUCUUCUCUCUGUGGGACCAGAUCACGUCCUGUGGAAGUUCAGACUGUCCCUGCGGCUACAACCAUGAGCUCUACCCCUGCUGGGAGACUCACGUCGGGCAGGAAAUGUACAAGCUUGUGAUCUUUGACUUCCUGAUCAUUGCUGCCGUCACCAUCUUCGUGGAGUUUCCAAGGAAGAUCAUCGUGAAUAAUUGCGACUGCGGUUUGGCCAAGUGGUGGGGUCAGCAGGAAUUCGCCAUCCCACAGAAUGUGCUGGAGAUCGUUUACGGCCAAACCAUCUGCUGGAUAGGAACCUUUUACUGCCCUCUGCUUCCUGCCAUUAACACUGUCAAAUACGUCCUCGUCUUCUACCUGAAAAAGGUGUCUCUGGUGACCAACUGUCGUCCCUCCACUCGUCCGUUCCGAGCUUCCAGCUCCAACUUCUUCUUCCUGGUGGUGUUGCUGAUCGGCUUGGCUCUGGCGUCCGUCCCUGUCAUCGUCAGUAUUGCAGAGAUCCGCUCGUCGCGAGCGUGCGGCCCGUUCGUCAGCUACAGCACGUCAUGGAAGGUGGUGCCGCAAGUGAUCGCCCAGCUGCCCAUCGGCCUGAACUCAUUCCUGCUGGCGCUCGCCUCCGAGGCCUUCGCCGUCUCCUUCUUCGUCAUCACCUGUCUGGGGAUGUUCUAUGUCAUCGCCUUGGCUGGAGCUCAUAAGCGUGUGAUUGAACAGCUCCGAGAUCAGCUGGCUAUGGAGGGUCGUGAUAAGCGUUUCCUCAUUCAGAAGUUGUGUCAGGCCCAGCAGGCUGUGAAUGCUCGUUCUCCGGAGCGCAGGCCUCCGCGCGGCUUUCGUGGAAACCGUUACGACGCUGGACUGUAUUUAGUGGAGCCGUCGGUGGAGCUGGAGACGCAGGCGUGAUGCCGCUGGAACAAACUCUCUGAAGAGCCUCGUCCGCUCCUCUCAUCUGUCACCACGGGAGUGUGUUUCCAUGUACUUCUGUUGCGCGUUUAAAGCUGCUCUUAAACACACUAAACACUGUCACUCAACACUAACUAGCCUUACACUUCUCCCUGUUUACAAAAUCUGCUGUCUAGUGUCUUGUCUUUGACUUUUGUUCUGUUUUUAAAAAUAUACAAACUUUUGAAAUUAUCAGUUUGUUCUGAGUGAACUGCUUUACUGUUUGUGCAAUAAACAUAAAUAUGAGAUACAGAAAAAUAAGACUUCCAUCUGACUCGCAUCUAAAACAGUAACAUCUAGAGAUGCCGUUUAUACUGAGAAUUCAGCUGUUUGAACUCAAAUGCAACUAUUGUUGGCCAGAGAUGGGCAUAAAUACAUGAAAAUGUAUUUACAAUAAAAAUACUGUCUGGAAAAAUAUAUUUAACUACAAAUACAGUAUUUUGUAUUUUGAAAAUACACAAAAUAGAUGUGAAAUUGGCCAUCCAGUGCAGGUAUCCCUAUAGGCUGAAAUCUAUCUGGACCUGUUCUGGAGAAAGAAAAAACAAACACACACACAUUUCGAUGUGUACAACUGCUUAGAAACUUGUGUUUUCAUUUUACAUACCUCUUCCCUUCCCUGUAGCAAAUACAGAA